UUCGGCAUCCAUGAUUUUCGCCGGUAUUAUGAUCUUCAUGGUGUCAUUUUGAUAGAUGUGUUUAUGUAGUUAGUAAGUUUAGUAAUUUGUUUUAUUUCAGUUUUGCCAAACACCAUUAAGGCGUAAUUAUCACGUUCUUGUGAUAUAAUUGCUUAAACGAUUCGUUCUUGCUACAAUGAAUGCCACUUUUUCAAAGGGUAGUGGAGAGGAACAGUCGUAUCCACAACUGGAUUUAAGUGGAAAACUAAUAAUUAAGGCCCAGCUUGGUGAUGAUGUUCGGCGUAUUCCAAUACAUAAUGAAGCAAUAACAUAUGAUGAGCUGGUUCUUAUGAUGCAACGGGUAUUCAGGGGAAAGCUCAGCAGCUCUGAUGAUAUUACCAUCAAAUAUAAAGAUGAAGAUGGGGAUCUGAUCACCAUUUUUGACAGCUCGGACCUGGCAUUUGCUGUUCAGUACAGUCGCAUCCUGAAGCUUCAGAUUCUGGUUGGAGGAGAGGACAAAGCGAAUCAGCGCAACCAGAGCUUGCAGCCUGUGCAAGUGAAUCACAUCCGACGUGAACUCCAACACAUCCGAGAUCAAGUAAACCAUCUUUUAGACUCAAUAGAGCCUCGAGCUGUGGAAGUGACCAGCUCCACAGCAGAGAAUCGUAAUGGAGUUCCUGAGAGGAAUAGUGCUGCAUCAAAACUGAGUUCUAGAGAGUUUGACCCCCUACAAGAACAGGCAUGGCUGAAGAAAAACCAUAGUGCAGAGACGAUUGGGACCGGAAAUAUAACGGAAGAGGCUCAACCUGAAGCUGCUGUUUCUGAAACUGGGCGAGGGAGUACACCUGACAGUAUUGGCAGUUCGAGCUCUCGGCAAGUCACUUCAGGGUUUGAGUCUGGUGGACAGCAGCAGCAGCAGUCGUCAGGCUUCCAGCCACCGCCAUUGUCUCAGCCACUGCCACAGCAGCAGCAGCAGCUUCCUACUUCACAGGGCUACCAACCUCCUGAACAACCCCCACCCCAGUCUGUUCAACCUUACCAACAGCAAGGAUUUCCUGGAUAUCAAGUCCAGCCAAUGUUUAUGGGUGGGCAAGUUAUGAGUCAACAAAAUCCUGGCAUGCUGGUGCAUGGACAACAAUCAUUAGGUCAACCUAGCUUUUCUUCACCAUACCAAACAUACCCACCAGUACAACCCGGGUAUCCUGGACCUCAGAAGGGUGGAACAUCAACUGCAGGUUACCGACCAAGCAACCCAUCUCAACCAACACAACCACAGAGCUAUCCUCAGGACUAUAACCCUCAACAAAGUGUUUUUGCACCCCCACGAUUCACUACUGCACCACAACCACAACCCCCUACAACUGGUAACCCCUACAGCAAAGGUGCUUCAUAUAGUCGCCCUCCAUCACAACCUGGCUACCAGUGAGGGGUAUUGAGCUGCAUGAAUGGAAAAUGGAAGGAGAUCCCUGAGUUAUGACAGUUUAUAUUUGAAUAUGCUGUCAAAAUGCUUAGUAGUACGAGGGUUGUAUACAAAUGAUUUAGACUGUAACCUGAAUUAUGUGAUCCUUGAUGGUGGUGGCUCCCAGUUUACACUUCGGCCCGUUCCACAUAUUCUCCCUGGAGGUCGAUUCACCGUUGCCAUCUCUCUGGCAAUUUCCGUAUUGCCUCAUGAAACCAUUGUUUGGGGGUGUCUCGUUCCCACUCCCUUUGUUGGAGCACGGUGAACCCCAGUGACUGCACGUGCAACUGUGUUCAAUUCCCCGAUAAUGACGCCUUACAUGAUGCUGUCAGGGAGUGGGUAUGAGACACUCCCAAACAAUGGUUUCGUGAGGCAAUACAGAAAUUGCCAGAGAGAUGGCAACGGUGAAUCGACCUCCAGGGAGAAUAUGUGGAACGGGCCGAAGUGUAAACUGGGAGCCACCACCAUAAAGGAUCGCAUAAUUCAGGUUAGUCUAAAUCAUUUGUAUAUGCCCCUCGUAUGUUUGUAUUUCAACCAAGUAUCUCUUGUAUGAUGGAAUUCUUUUGAAUUCAAGUUUUAUUGCUUCAGUUUAUUAUGUUUUAGGAAAUUUAAGAUUGUCACUUGUUGCCUGUAGUUGUGGACACCAAUCAUACAACUUACCAGUUUCAUGUGUCUAAGACGCAUCUUAUCUUGUAAAAUGCUUAAAAUCACAAAAACUACCAACCUGGAACUUGUAUUUGAAAGAAAAUUGAAUCCAAUUCCUUCGAUUAAUUUGUGUCCACGUUUUAUUUUCACUGCCAUUCAUAUAUAAUUGUGGCAUUUAAUUGUUGAAUGAUUAUCAGCGUUAACACUCUUGCUGCCAAACAUUUAAAUACAAUCUGUAAUUAUAUGCCAGAGCUUAAAACCAUGUGUGAGGUUUGGCAUUGUCUGAAAAUGAAUUGUCUCACUCUCUUUGUACUUGAAAAAUGAUAUCAGAUUCUCUUUCAAUGAAAAUUUGUCAUAAAUCAUUGUUCAUUAACAUUUUGUUAAUUCAAAGUGCUUGGGUCAAAUAAUUCUAGCUUUAAAUUGUGUAA